CGUGCCUACCCGUACCGUGGACGAGCCCGCUCGCAUCCGAACCCUACCCCUGAAGACUGCUUCAACCCGGUUCAUGCACACCAGUGGAAAUAUCGACGAUGGACGGGCGCUCAAUUCCUCGCCUCGAUGAGGAUCGAUACCGGCAGGAGGUGCUCCAAUUCCCGUCAGAACAAUCGGAGCACGACGCGGAACAAAGGCUCAUUGAGGAGGCGCGCGAGUUGGAUCUCAAAUUGCCAGAGGUGGAAAUUGCAGCUUCUCUGGCAGCCUCAAUGGCUUUCGGUAUGGUCGAUAUCAACGGAUCAUCUGCCGCUUCUCGGCCUUCACUCGAACGCAACUCUGUAUCGGACGUCGUCAGUUCUCGCGCAACCUCCAUCGACCAGCUCGUCACAUCCUUGUCUGCAACAACUGUCGCAUCAGACAAGGCACACUCGCCCAGUACCCGCUCCGCGGCGUCUAUUUCUACGCGCCCUACGUCAUACUGUUCGGUUGAGAGCCGGAGAGGGCCUUCCAGGGAGAGGGGUCAAGGUCACCGUAUUGAACGCAGCGACUCAGCUCCCGGCGCGAGAUCACCGUCAACACGAGAAAGCAAGAGAGCGAGUUUCAUACAGGCCAUGGGGAAGCUCCCCUUCCGAAAGAAAAGAAGGGAAUCAACGGUGCUUCUGCCGUCUAGCGCACAGAUUACCGUGAAGAAGGGAGAGAAUGACGUUGACAAAGUCUGCAUUGAGACGAAGCGAGAGAGGACCCCUACGACCGAUCAUAAGGAACAGGAACAUGUGUUUAAAGUGGAGGUGCCUAUUUUCGAUGAUGCUGCGCUACAGAGGAGUAUACAAGACCCACAGCUGAAAGGGUUGGUCGAGUCGCAUAGGGCGCAGGCGCGGCGUCAUAUCGCGUUUCAAAGAGAACUAUUGAACGCUUUGUCUGAUUCGCGUGAGAAGGCUAUGGCAGAAAGGAGAAGUGAACAUGAACGUGAGGUCAACGAGAAGCGUGAAAAAAAUAUUGUGGAUGCUGCCCGUCUCGAGGAACGGCAACUGGCUGCUGAAAUCGAACAAGAAAUGGAAUUCGAGAAGGCAAAGAUGAAUUCCCGUACCCGCAUUAAACACAUGGAAGGCUACUGCGCCAGCCAUAGUCCGCCUACGACCCCGGGUUCCGACAACAGUUCAGACGCGGAGCGAGCUCGUAUUCGGAAGAUAACACGUCAACAGAAAGAACAGUUGGCCCAGGAGUACCACGACCGCGACUCAAUGGACCGGCUACACCAAGCUAAGAUCAAAGUGCUCAGAGACCGUCAAGAAAUCCAGCUCCAGGACGCAAUCGCGCGGAUGGAAAGGGAGCUGAACGCUCUCAUUGAUCACCACAGCACAGAAUUGGAAGAACUUCAAAAGGAACACCGGCAACAGGAAGAAUUGCUUGUACAAGCCCUCGAUAUGAAGAAGGGCCAGAUGAAGUCUCGUUGGAAUCUUGAGCAGGCCAUCCUGCGCCGGAAGCUCGAGUUGGAGCACGGUCAACCAUAUGGACCUCUUCCCCCACUAUCUUUCUCUGACCUGGUCGAUGAGACAUCCAAUUCUGUCGAACGCAGAAACUGAUGAUAGCAUCGAGCAAGUGCAUUUGUACGGGCGUUGGCUUCGGGCAUUUUGGCUGGCGGGGAGGCGAUGUUGCCUUUCUUUUCUCUUUCUUGGGUUUUAUGACUUGAUGUUUACGUGAUACCCUUCCCUUUUCUCUGAUUUCCAUUGGAUUAUCUCUUAUUACU